CCCUCCCCUGGGCCCUGCUCCCUGCCCUCCUGGGCAGCCGGGGCAGCAAGGACGGCACCAAGGGAGCUGCCCCAUGGACAGGGCCCCACAGAGACAGCACCGAGCCUCUCAGGAGCUGCUGGCCGCAAAGAAGACCCACAGCUCACAAAUUGAAGUGAUUCCUUGCAAAAUUUGUGGGGACAGGUCAUCUGGGAUCCACUACGGGGUUAUCACCUGUGAGGGGUGCAAGGGUUUCUUCCGCCGGAGCCAGCAGUGUAACGUGGUCUACUCCUGCACCCGCCAGCAGAACUGCCCCAUCGACCGUACCAGCCGAAACCGGUGCCAGCACUGCCGGCUGCAGAAAUGCCUGGCACUGGGCAUGUCCCGAGAUGCUGUCAAGUUUGGCCGCAUGUCCAAGAAGCAGAGGGACAGCCUGCAUGCCGAGGUGCAGAAACAACUACAGCGGCAGCAACAGCAGCAGCGGGGACAAGUGGCCAAGACCCCGCCAGCGGGGGGCCAGGGAGCAGAUGCCCUCGCGUGCCCCGUGGGGCUCCCAGAUGGGCAGCUGCCCCUGGGCUCUUCGCCUGACCUGCCUGAGGCCUCAGCCUGCCCCCCCGGCCUUCUGAGAGCCCCAGGCUCUGGGCCCUCCUGCCCCAGCAGCCUGGCCAAGGCGGGGCCCAACGGGGCCUCAUACCAUCUGGGACACAGCCCCGAGCGGGGCAAGGCUGAGGCCAGAGACGGCUUCUAUGGCACAGGCAGCCAGCUGCCCCCUGACACAUGUAGGCUUCAUUUCGAGGACCCCAGGCAUCCUGGGCUUGAGGAACCAGGACAGGGCCCAGACAGCUACUGCAGCCCCAGCUUCCACAGCACCCCAGAGGUGCCCUAUGCCUCCCUGACAGAGACUGAGCACCUGGUGCAGAACGUUUGUAAGUCCUACCGAGAGACAUGUCAGCUGCGACUGGAGGACCUGCUACGACAGCGCCCUAACAUCUUCUCCCGGGAGGAGGUGGCUGGCUACCAGAGGAAGUCAAUGUGGGAGAUGUGGGAACGCUGUGCCCACCGCCUCACUGAGGCCAUUCAGUACGUGGUGGAGUUCGCUAAGAGGCUCUCAGGCUUUAUGGAGCUCUGCCAGAAUGACCAGAUUGUGCUUCUCAAAGCAGGAGCAAUGGAAGUGGUCCUGGUCAGGAUGUGCCGGGCCUACAACGCUGACAACCACACAGUCUUUUUCGAAGGCAAAUACGGAGGCACGGAGCUGUUCCGAGCCUUGGGCUGUGGGGAGCUCAUCAGCUCCAUCUUUGACUUCUCCCGCUCCCUGAGCACAUUGCGCUUUUCUGAGGAUGAGAUUGCUCUCUACACAGCCCUCGUGCUCAUCAACGCCAACCGGCCAGGGCUCCAAGAAAAGAGGAAAGUAGAGCAGCUGCAGCACAACCUGGAGCUGGCUUUCCAUCACCAUCUCUACAAGACCCACCGCCAAGGUAUCCUGGCCAAGCUGCCACCCAAGGGGAAGCUUCGGAGCCUGUGUAGCCAGCACGUGGAAAAGCUGCAAACCUUCCAGCAUCUGCACCCCAUCGUGGUCCAGGCUGCUUUCCCUCCACUCUACAAGGAACUCUUCAGCACUGAAAUUGAGUCACCUGAAGGGCUGUCCGAGUGACCCAGAGGAGGGACUGCUUCUCCCUUCUCUGGAGCCCGCUGGCCCUCGCCCCAGCCCUCCUCCUACCCUCACCUUUUUCUUUCCUAUGCUCUGAGAGGGUGGACCCUGCCUGUUCUUUGGGGGUGAGCGAUUGCUCAGACUGGCUUUCUGCCCACAGGCUUGCCCAGCGGUGGGCCAAGAGCCAGAGAGGGUAGGGAUGAAGGAACACCAUCUCCAGCCUCAGCUUGGUCGCGUCUCCUUCACCAUGACUCUUCACCCCCAGCUUCUGAGAGGCCUAGGGUGGCACACAGGGACCUCUAGGAGGACCACAGUGUCCUCAGGACACCAGGUGGAUCCAGGACACCCUGGAUGAAUGGAACUCAACUCUGGGCUCAGAAGCUAAGAACAGGACUUUAAAAUACCUCAUUGCAUUUCCCUGUGGGCUUUGGCUGGGGAGGUAUGUCAAGCUCAGAGACUGGCAGCUGGAGCCCAGAAGGACCUGUAUAUAACAUGAACACAGAUCUUUAGA